AAGCAAACUGCUGCUGUUAGUCCAAGCUCACACACACUCUUACACACACUCUUACACACUCACACACACUCACACACAGCUGACUGAGACAUAAAGAGAGAGAAAGCAACUGCUGAACCCAUCACAACACUUCUAUCUCCUGACUCUCAGAGGUUCUCGGAUGCAGAAAGGAUGGUUCUAGAGCAGCAGAUGUUUCACCGGGAUCUGUACUCCUCCUGUGUCUGAAGGAGUGCGUGCUUCACUGGAGGAUUUAAUAAGUAACAUAAACUCCUCAUGACUACAGCACAGCUGAUUCUCGCACCGCAGAACCGCAGAACCACAGAACCACAGAACCACAGAACCCUCCAUCCUUCACUCACUUCUCAUCUGAAAUAUGAAGUGUGCACUUUGCUGCCUCGCUCUGCUGCCUCUUUUACUGGGACUCAGUUUGGUGGAUGCCAAAGGAACGUUCUAUGGAAACCCCUACAGAUAUAAUCUGUACAAGGCUGGAGCCGGUCCACAUUUUAAUCCGGGCAAACCCAUGACUCGGCACAAAAACCAUUGUGCCUACAUUGUCCAGAAGAACAUCACCUGUACCAUUCAGGAUGGAAUGGCCACCUACGUCAAGGCGGAUUACACCACCAAGUGCAUCUGGGGACAGAAGUGUCCUGUCGUGAUGUAUCGGACAUUCUUCAAACCUACCUACAAGGUUGGCCACAAGACAGUGACAGAGCUGGAAUGGCGUUGCUGCCCAGGCUACUCUGGAGAAAACUGCUUUGAUGGCCCUACACCUGGCCCAGACUCCAUCAUGCCACCAUUUAAGGGAUCCGUUCAAGGACCCAGACCUGGGAUGAAGGGUUUCCCAUGGGGUCACAAGAAGAUACCAACCCCUGGGUCAGGGCUGGAGAUAGAAAAGCCUCUUUUCCCUGGGGGUCAUCGUGAUAACGUACCAACCGGAAAUGUGCCUUCGGGAGGUCCAAGAACGGGUGUCUCUGGCGAGCGUCUAGACCGUAUGGAGGAGGAUCUAAGGAGGCUUUCACAGGGUUUGGAGACUCUGAAUGGUCUGAUCUCUGGCCUGGAGGAGCGUCUCCGUGUCUCGCUCCGUGAGGACACCACCAAGAUGGUGAGCACCCUGCUAGGUGGGGCCCCACGCCAGCCAGACUCUACAGUGGGCUUUGCUGUCAUCCCUGAGGGUUUGCCGGACACCACAGAGGGCAGGGAGAGCUUCCCAGUCCUUGGUGAGCUGGUGGGAAGGGUCACAGAAGUAAAGGAUGAGCUAAGGGCCAAGAGUCACAUGCUAGAUGAGAUCCAUGGCAUGGUAAUGGGCCAUGAUGGGCAACUGAAGAGGCUAAUGGAGGUGCCACCUGGGGGCAUCCAGAAGUUAAUGGAGAAUCUCCUGGACGAAAGGCUGGCUGGCGUCAGGGCACAGAUCCUGGAUGGAUUUGAAAGAAGGCUGAGUGGCCUGGAAAACCACUGCAAUGAAAAGAUCGGACAGGUUCAGAAGAAUUGCCAUAAAGAAUACCUGAAUGGUCAGGAGCAGCUCCAGCAGUCCCUAGAUGGCCGUGAGACAGGCCUGAGGAAGGAGCUGGGUGAUCUUCAGGCUCAGAUCCAGGGUCUGACAGUGACCCCGGGCUGCUGUGGUCAGAUUAAUGAUCUCUCCCAGCGAACCCUGCUUCUGGAAGAGUCCGUUAAGGGCCUGACAGAGUCUCAGAGGCAACUCCAGACGGAACUUAAUGAGCAGACAAUCCACAUAGAGACGAUGUUGGAUACUCGCUUACUAGAUGUCGAGGGCCGUCUGAACACCACAGAGCAGAGCAAGGCAGAAUUAGAUGUCUUGGGUGGAGGAAUGGGAUCCCUGGAUGGAUUUAAGACCCUUCUGGAGGACAAACUGAAAAGCCUGGAGGAGCGUGUUUUUGUGGCUGUGGAGGAACUGAGUAACGCCACAUCUCCAGCGCUAUUGGAAGGCCAGGUGGUGCCAGCAUUAGGGACGGAGAUUGAGAAUAUCCGUAGACGUAUGGAAGCUGGUUUGGAUGGUGUCCAGAAGCAAUUAACAGAUCUUGAGCUUCUUUGCACUUCAGCUUGCUCUCCAGCACCCAGUCCCGAUGCAGCACUUAUCCAAACGGAGAUGGAAGACUGCAAAGAGAUGGAGAAGAAGAUUUCAGAGCGUCUAGACACACACACAUAUAUGUUGGACCGUCUAAAUAGUACUUUGCAAGGACUUCUGAUUCAAAUCGCUCAAGAGGACCAGGAGGGUUCAAUACAGGGUGAGAUCACACUCCUCAAGAUUAACGUCAACUCCGUAAACCGCACCCUAAAGGGCUUGAGAGAUUCCGUGCACCUAUUCACCCAUGAGAUGAGUCACGUUAACUCGACAUGGCAGGAACGCCAGCAGCGAUUGGCCACUCAAGUGCAUGGCAUCGCUGAGCUUGUGGGCCAGCAGGGGGCGCUGCUUGGGGCCGGAGAGCGCAGAUUGGUGCAGCUGAAGGGUGAACUGCAGGGAUUGAGGCGGAGGCUGUCAGGGGAACUGCAGGGCUGUCGGGGCACAGCGCUGGACGCUCAUCGCGAGGUCGUGGGAGUUGAAAGCCGUAUAGCCCAGGUUGAAGGCCAGUGUAGCAGCCUAGGAGAGCUCGCUGAUCAGUUGGAGAGGAUUCGCGCAGAACUCGAGAGCCAUUCAGACAGCUAUCUGGCGCAGGUCAAUGGCACCCUUGCUAGCCACACACAGCAGCUUGCACAGCUCAAAAAUGGACUCCAGGAAUGCGUAAAUAAGACGGACCAGUAGCCACCUGGAUACAGAGACGCUUCAAGACCUGAUUGUACAAAUUGAGAUGUUUCUCCUUCUGGUUUUAUCAAUGGGGCAUUGUUUUCUUAUUUCUUGCUUCAUCAUCUAGACUUUUCUCUUUGUUUUUGUCUUGAUAUGUUAUAUUGUUUCUAACCAGUGUGUUAACUUAUAUAAAGAAAAAACAUGACUAUGAUGUUAUAUAUUGUACAGUUUAGCCCAGCAAUUCCCCAUCCCUGAACCCCUAAUUUGCACAGUUUUCCCUGCUGUAGCACAUAAUUCAACUGAUCUGCUAAUCAAGAGUAAGUGCUUCAUAAGCUGAAGAUGAAAAAAAAAAUUGAACUCUUGAAUUUUGGGGUUUUUAAAUUAGGAAAAUGUCUGAUUUAUAAGCUGCUCCACUCUCAUCUCAUCUCACGUUUCAUUCAUUAAUGUUUUUUAAAAUUACUGUGUGUCAACAUUAUGGUGCUAAACAUAAAGUGUGAAAUUAUGUAUUGUAUGUGAAAUAUAUGCUUCAUUAUUACUUUGAUUUUUUUUUCUAUGAGAUUAUAAUUUUUCAUGAUUAAAACUUUGUGUUGAGAAAAAAACGAGAACUAGGUGUGGUUGCAGCAUGGCUUGGCUAAUCACAUAUGAAAGCUGGACUGUUUUUCCAAUAUUAACCACUAGAAGGCAGCAAUAACGCUAAUAAAGAGAUACACUUUAGGACUCAAA